UACUGACGUAAAAAAUAACGCAGUUGUGGUUGACAUUCCCAAGUCGCCAACCUCUCCAUGAUAAAACUACCCGUGAAAAGCGCUUCGAAACUCUCGCUUUCGAACAUUUUCACGGUGUCGGCAACAAUAUGAACAACUCUCGAACAAUACUUUUAGUGUAGGAGCCAAAGGUACGGAGACAGCUAAACUCAACGUGGUUGUGUUCUGUUCAGCAGAGAGGCAUUUUCAACUUGAAUUCAAAUCAGUCGUAAAGAGUUGGAAGUUUGGCAGCCCGGCGUAUGAGAUGAAGUUUUUCCUGUUACUAGCACUGUUUGACCUUGCGACGAUUUCUCAAGCUGAGAAAGUGAUAUCGAUCGAGAAAAAGCUUUUGGAAAGAAGGAGAGGAGAAUGCGUUACAUUCCAAGGUUUACACUUCUUCAAAGUGAACGGCACUGUUACAUGGACGCGUGAGACAAAACCCUUGCCUCAAAGCGACCCGCGCUUUGUUAUCUCAAAUCAAGGCAAAACUCUUGAAAUACGUCAACUGCAGGAAUCAGAUACGGCCCUUUAUUCAUCUAUGAUUCAAACUGAAGGUGGAUUGGAAAUAACUCGUCACUGGCUUGUGGUAAGAGGUUGUCAUGUAAAUGAAGAAGAAAUUGAACUAAACGGCUGUGAAACAGCCUGUAAAGCCAUGUGUCUGAACGAUUGGCAUUACUCUAAUGGAAAGUGCUAUCGUUAUUUCUCUACACCGAAGACCUGGCUGGACGCGUACUAUCAUUGCCAGGGACAUUUUGGAGCCAAACUUGCCACCAUCGACAACAGCGAGGAUAACACAUUUGUUGGAGGGCUUCUUCAAUCAGGUUCGGGUGCUUGGAUUGGAUUGAACGACAGAAGCAAAGAAUCAAGGUUCUUGUGGAACUACAACAAGUUUGAUACGCCGAGAUAUUUUGCAUGGGACGAAACUGACCCCUCCAACACUGAACCGAACAACUUUAACGGACAGUGCAAUGUGGAGAGUUGUGUAGAGAUGAAAAGCAUCAACAAAAAGUGGAACGACGUGGUUUGUAAAGCACACAGGAGUUAUGUAUGUGAGAGGGCGUCCAAAGAAGAUAACUCUGGUUGGAAAUGUCCGGGUGGUGGCACAUGCUACUGGUAUGAGCUCGAGACUGUCACGUGGGACUGGGCACGACAGUCUUGCAGAGAUAAAAAUGCCAUGCUUGUAAAGAUAGCCAGCAACUCAAAAAACAGAUUGAUCGGAGAUAUGAUAAAAACGAACAUAUGGAUUGGGCUCAACGACCGAGUGGAAGCUGGGAUAUACGUAUGGAACGACAUAGGCCAGGGACAAUUUAAUAACCGAUCUUCAUAUUACAACUGGGACAAGGAGGAACCCAAUGACAAGCAUUAUGACCGUGGUACACCAAGGAGAUGUGAUGGCGAGGAUUGUGUUAAGAUCCAUAUCCAGAAUGGUAAAGUGACUUGGUUUGACUUAAACUGCGAGAUCGCGCUGCCAUUUAUUUGCGAAAAGAGCCGAGACCCCUAUCUAAGCUUUGCUGCUUGGAUAGCCAUUUCAAUGGGUGCAGGUCUCCUUCUCAGUAUAUUUGGUGGCCGAGCCUACAUGGAACUUAUACAUCGGAAAGGACGCAAGCAGGUGAAGCAGAUGAUAGGGGAAGCUACCGAUAGCGAGGAAAAGAAAGAUUAGAACAGUACGAAAUUCUUUAUAUGGCGGAAAUGAUUGUGGUGUCAAAGCUUAAUCGGUUUCUUCUAGUUACUCUCCUUUACGGCUGUCACGCAAUGUGCUUUCUAAUCCAGAAAACCAAUUGACGGCUGUCAAGAGACUUGUUUCGCUGAAAAAACAAACAAGGAUGACGUAAGCUCAGUAUAGUUUAGUUUCCCCGGUCACGAGAAGCCCUUUUCGAAAUAUGUCCCGGUGUUUUGUGUAGUUAUUGCGUGCCUGCGUGACCGUUCGUGGUCACUGCGUUACUCCAGCUCUUAAAUGGUCACUGGAUUACUGAAACUAGUUGGAAAGAUUAUUCUAGUCGCAGAUUGAUUGAAAAGUAGACAUUCUGGAAAGUACUUAUGAAUAUGUAUAGAAAUUUUAACCCAUGAUUGUGAUUCACAGGUAAUAAGUUGUAAA